CUGGGACUUCGGUCUAUGUCCCGGGGACGAGCGGUGAGCGUCUUCUGUGUGCGCUGGGCGGUGCGAGGACUCGCGAGCCGGAGGGCCUGGCGCGUUCCGAAGGUGGCGGGAGCGAUGGCGCCCCUUGGGGAAGGGAGCGAUGACCCUGUGCUGCCAGACCUGCCCCGGGGGCCCCUGCAUGCGGCCCGCGCCCGCGCCUCCUUCCCCUGGAAGGAACUGGCGCUGUUCUGGGAAGGGCCGGACAUGCUGCGCUUCAAGAAAAACAUCUUCUUGGCGCUGGAGAACGACCCCCUCUUCGCCCAUCCCCCCGACAGUCUCUCGCUGGAGAAGUACCGGGAGCUGAACUUCCUGCGCUGCAAGCGGGUCUUCGAAUACGACUUCCUCCGCGUGGAGGACUUGCUGGGGAGCCCGCUGAGGGUCCUGGCGCUGAUCCAGUGCCUGGGCAUGUACGACUGGUCCCUGGCCACCAAGUUCUUCCUGCACACGCUGACCUUUGGAUCAGCGAUCUACAGCUCUGGUUCUGAAAGGCAUUUCAAAUAUCUUCCAAAGAUCUUCAAUAUGGAGAUUUUUGGAUGUUUUGCUCUGACUGAAGUGAGUCACGGGAGUAAUACCAAGGCCAUGCGGACGACCGCACACUACGACCCCACCACUGAGGAACUCAUCAUACAUUCCCCUGACUUCGAAGCCGCCAAGUUCUGGGUUGGCAAUCUGGGCAAGACGGCUACGCACGCGGUGGUGUUUGCCCAGCUGUACACGCCGGGGGGCCAGUGCCACGGGCUGCACCCCUUUGUCGUGCAGAUUCGGGACCCGAAGACCCUUCUUCCCAUGCCAGGGGUGAUGGUUGGCGACAUCGGAAGGAAGCUUGGACAGAACGGUCUGGACAACGGAUUUGCCAUGUUCCACAAGGUCAGGAUUCCUCGCCAGGACCUGCUGAACCGCUCAGGAGAUAUCACCCCCGAGGGCACCUACGUCACCCAUGUUAAGGACGCCAGGCAGCACUUCAGCGAGUCCCUGGGCAGCCUGUCCUCCGGCCGGGUCGCCAUCGCGGGCAUGUCCGUCGUGAACCUAAAGCUGGCCGUGUCCAUAGCUCUGCGUUUCUCAGCCACCAGGCGUCAGUUUGGACCAACAGACGAGGAGGAAGUACUGGUGCUGGAGUAUCCAAUGCAGCAAUGGCGUUUACUCCCGUACCUGGCCGCGGCCUAUGCCUUGGACCACUUUUCCAAAUCUCUCUUCCUGGAUCUGGUGGAGCUUCAGCAAGGCCUUCUGGGGAAAGACCGGAGCGCCAGGCAGGCAGAGCUGGGACGCGAGAUCCACGCCUUGGCGUCGGCCGGCAAGCCCCUGGCCUCGUGGACGGCCCAGCGCGGAAUCCAGGAGUGCCGGGAGGCGUGCGGAGGACACGGCUAUCUGGCCAUGAACCGUCUGGGAGACCUCAGAGAUGACAACGACCCGAACUGCACAUACGAAGGCGACAACAACGUCUUGCUGCAGCAGACCAGCAACUACCUGCUUGGCCUGCUGGUGCGCCGGGACCAAGACGGUGCCCGCAUUGAGAGCCCGCUGAAGACCGUGGACUUUCUGGAAGCCUAUCCCAACCUCCUUGGCCACGGGUUCGAGGCUUCCAGCCCUGAGGACUGCUUGGACUCCUCAGGUCGCUGGGUCCUCCGGGUGAAGGAGCCGCCCCCUCCCUUACUCGGAGGAUGGAGAGCAUGUGACACAUCGCAGCAUCAGCAGCUGCGGGCACUGGGCGUGCCGUCUCUGGGGGACCCCGCCGGGCUGCACCGCGGCUCACGUCUCCAGGAGAGGAGACCACGGCUGCCCAGUCCACCCCAGUGCACCCCAGUGCAUGUCAGCGGCCGGAGCAGGCGUCAGACCCGGGCUGGGCUGACUUGCCGGCUGUCUCUCCUCCACCUUCUUCAUCACCAUCAUCAUCCAGAAACACUGCUGCUAGUAACUGCUUCGUCUCCCUCACCACACUUCGUUACAGCUUUUCUGACAAUAACGCACCUCCUUUAUCUCCCUUUUUAAAGUGCUAAGAGGACACAGGGACACACUUGAAGAUCUCUUUCUGAUGCUUACAGAGCUCCCCAAAUGUUGCUCCAGGAAGCCCCCGGAAAUGACCUAAUCAUUCUAAUAACAUCAACCCCACCGGAAUGUUUUCCCCUAAUACUGUCCCCCACUGUAAAAUCAGAACGUAAGCACGUGGUCUGCCAGCUUCAGGAGGUGUCCGCUGUGCCCGCUGUGCCCCUUCCCCGCUCGCUGGAGCUGUGGACGCAGGAGCUGUGUUGCGCGCCGGCCAUCAGGAAGCACGCCAGGGCAGCGUCAUCUGUUUUUCCUGUGGGUGCUCUAAUUUCUGCUCGUUCCAACAAAGUGAAAACAUUUUCUGGAGCAAAAAACGCAAACAAAAUUCAUUUGACAAAAGGGGCUUGGCGUCCAACACUGACGGUCGGGAGCCCACAGCCAGCCGUUCGUCUCCAGGGCAUUCGAUCAUGAAAUCCCACACCUCGGGGCCGGCCUUUGUCUCAGCUGCAUCUUGGGUAAAAAGUCCAUAAAUGACAUAUGACCCUGGGGCUCUGUAGGGCUGGACACUCAAGACCUUUCCAGUAUUGAGCGAGGGCUGUCUGCAAGGUCAGGAGAUUUUUCCUCCAGGGAUUAAAAGGUUUAUUUGGAGAGGGAGGGGCCGGGUGGGGCAGCUCUCUGUCUGCUUCCUCUGAUUUAUGUGCUGAGGAUGCGUGUGUGCUGAGGAUGGGUUUAACAAAUGGUCCUGAGUGUUGAGGAGCUGCACGUCGCUUAAUAACUGAGGCCCAGUUUUUUCCUUUAGUUGGCUUAUUUGCAAAAAUAUUAAAUAAUUGGAGUUCAGCGUGUUGGCUGCUCUGACCAUUGUGUAUACACACAGGACAGUAGGGUUGUGUAGCAUCACGUGUUCAGAGGGGUACAUGGUGCGGUCAGCACACCGCCCAGAGGUUGGAAGCUCAGGGUCUGGAGUCAGCUGUGUAACCUCGAGCUAGAUGCUUAACCUCUCUGAGCCUCAGUUUCCCCUGUAAGGUAUCAAGAGGGAAUGCGGUACCCCCCGCCCUCGUGGGCGGCUCACCGCCAUGAGCUGGGGCCCUCCCUUGGGAAUGGUGGGUGCAGAGUGACCCCUGUAGCGCGAGUUAGCUAUUUCCCAGGAAGGCGGCUUGCAAGGUGGGUCUUGGAGGUUCAGAGCCGUGUGUUUGGGGAGCAGUCAGCCAGCCACACAGGAGCCGUGGGGUGGGCAUGGUGGGAGAGCAGGUGGCUCCCACACCUGGGGCUGUGUGCCAGCCGAGGAUCUGGGCCAGGUGGCCAAGCCUUGCUUUCUGGGGCGCACCUGGGCCAGAGCCCCACUUUGGAAGGCGUGCUCUGGUGCCGACGCAGAGCAAGGCUGGACUCGGGAGAGCAGCCAGAGGACCAGAACCCGGGCAGGGGCAGCACAGGAGAGAGCGACGGGAGCUGGGUGAGGGCACGGGGGACGGUCGGGGGGAUGGUCAGGUGGUACGUUCGAUGGAGGGCCAGGUGAGAGACCCCCUGGGGGGUGGGUGCUGGUGAAACUGGGAGUUCAGGGGUCCCACGUUAAGUGCCCGGUGGGCGUGUCGGGGAGCCCCGACACUGAGAGGCCAGGCAGGUGGGCAGACCUCGGAGUGAUUGACCGUAGUGACAGUGGCCACCCUGGGAGCGCGCCUGGGUGGGAGGAGCCGGCGUGGGGAGACAGGCAGCGCUCAGGGCCUUCGAGGGGUGCAGGGGAGCGGCCAGGGGAGCCCCGAGGAGGCCAUUUGUGACCCAGGAACCUGGGAGGGACUUGGGGACUGAAGUUGAAGCAGCAUUUGUCUUGGGCCGUCAGCAGCCCCCAAGCAAGAGCGUUACCGCCCACCUGUGCCGGUUUCCCCCAGUUUGCUCCCGAUGACUCCUCACGCCCAGACGGACUCUGCGAGCGGCCCGCACGCCGCCGGCUGCGAUGGUACCUUUUGUGUGCUCGCUGGGGGCUCCGCCCUUCCGUGUGAACACGGAGCGGUGUGACCCGCUUCUCUGUGAAACACUAAAGGCUAAACGUGGAAUUUCUAGGAAAAACGUUCCAGCAACUCACGUAUCAAGCUUGCUUCUCACUCGGAGCACAGAGCAAACCGUGAACUGGUUGCUGACGUCAGCACGGGGGCUCCACGUGGUGCGGGGCCCCCGGGGAGCCGGGUCGCUUCUGCAGGGGGUCGCCUGCCCGGGCAGCGUCGGGGAAGAGUCCGGAGGAGCCGCGCCUGCUGCGUCGUGGGAUGGUGGGGCCCCUGGCUGGGGUCAGGAAUUAGCCUGAGAGGCUGCUGGCCUUGGUGACUUCCUGGGUUUUGUUGCCACGUAAAUAGAUCAUGGAAAAUCUGAGUCCCCGUGGCGCCCACCUGUUACCGUCUUGGUGACGGUCCAUCCGGCAGGAAGAGUUUAGCCACAAAGACCCUGGGACACACACGCGUCAGAGUGGGCCCCGUCGGCAUCAGAGCUGGUUUCCAGUGUCCACCCGGCUUUUCAGGGAUGUCCUGAAGGGCAGCGCCCUGGGCCGCUGGUUUGUGGGUGUCCCGUGGCACAGGACUGGGUGUGAAAACAGCAGGAAUGUGUCCUGGACCGAAGCUCACUGCCCGGGUGUGGGCGGGGCCGCACUCCCUCCGGAGGCUCCGGGGAGGCUCCCUCCUCAUCUCCGCAGUUCGUGGGGGCUGCAGGCAUCCCUGGGCUUGUGGCUGCGUCCCCCAUCUCUGCCUCUGCCUUCGCACGGCCUCUCUUCUGUGUGUGCGCUUCUCCUUCUUCUCAUUGGAUUCAGGGCCACCCUGAUCUAGGAUGACCCCGUGUUGUCACGUCAUUCCAUCUGCAAAGACCCUGUGCCCAAGUAAGGGCACGUUCACAGGUUUCAGGGGGUUAGGACAUGCCCCGUUCCAGCCACCCCACCCGGCAGGCCUCUGGGAGGGGUGCGGGUCCCAGGUCCGCGCCCCCGCCCCCCUGGGCUCCCUGAGAACAGCUGUGUGAGCUCGGGCUGCUUGCGGCCUUUGAGCCGAUUCCUCAGCCCAGUGACAUGGAUCGUCUGCUCUUUAAUCAAGUUCUCAGCUGUGCUGUGAGGUAACGGAUACGACAGCGUGAAACAGUCGGGGGUCCGUAGCAGAACCCGUAGCAGUGGGUACCAUGCGUCAUCUUCCCAGGGAACGGGCUGUGUGACAUCGAAGGAAAUCCCAGGUGCCCCGUGUCCCGCCUUUGUACCCAGACCCAGUUCGGCCAGAUCCCACCUGGGAGUCUGGAGCUGGGAGCAGCUGCAGGCCCCGCGGGCCUGGGCGCCCUGGCUCUGGGCCCUCUGCCUGGGUCGGGCGGGAAAGCGUGGACGCAGAGCCACGUAGCCAGGUCACACUCCACACCCCUACCCCGCUCGCUCGCUGUGUGCCUGGGCUCGUCCUCACGCCCUGUGUCCUUAACGGAAGAGGCGGUAGCCGUCCUGCCGGGCAGGCUGUUCUGAGGUCGCCGAGUCCUCGGAACUAGCGGAGAUGUGGCGAGAAGGACCCACAGAUGCGGGUGAGGCGCUGGGGCGUGGGGAGGAGGACGGAGGUCUUCCUCCAGCCCCUUCCAGCCCAUCCCUGUCUGUCUACACCCCUGCCGUGUGCUUCCUCUCUGCACUUCAGGGCUCUCGGGUGAGGGGGGCAAGGCGUCAGGGGAGCCGGUGUGAGGUCCAGGGCCCCAGGGCCGGGCUGGCCAGGUGGACAGGGCGCCCCUCCUCCUACCGCCUGCUGGAAAGUCGUCCGGACGUCCGUGCAGAUCCGAGUUUCUUCCAGACUGUGUAUCCUCAUCGUAAAUGAGGUGCUUGCCCCCAAAGCGCCUCCGUGACCCUGUGGGCUCUGUGGCUACCAGAACCAUGGAGAACACGGGCUGGCCUCACAGCAGAGCCAGGAAAUACCCUCACCUGGGCCUGUCCCAGCCCGGCCACCACCCGGGCUGUGCCGUGGGCAGUCCCUCAGUUUCCGCACCUGUAAACUGGAGAGCUGAGUUCUCGACAAGGGUGAGACGCCCUACGGUGACAUCGGUUACAGUU